AUGGGUAUAUUAUCCAUGGCUACAAGUGCAGCAUUUGCUUUCUUCGUUUGCUUUCUCAUCAGCAUUGCAACAUUCCAUGUUUGCUUCUGCAAUGGAAUUAGCAGCAGCGCCAAUCAUACUCAUAAUAAUAUCACUUGCUUCGAAAAUGAGAGAGAAGCCCUUGUUAAGUUCAAGCAAGAUUUGAAAGACCCUUCGAAUCGGUUGUCCUCUUGGGAUAUCGAGGAGGAUUGUUGCCAAUGGGCCGGAGUUGUCUGUGACAACUUUACUGGUCAUAUCCGAGAGAUCCAACUUCAGAGUCCUUAUUAUAGGGAUUCUUCUGUCAUAACUUUUGCUGAAUAUGAAGCUUAUAUGAGUCAUAAAUUACGUGGAAAGGUAAAUCCCUCUUUGCUUGAUUUGAAGCACCUCCAAUAUCUGGACUUGAGCAACAAUGAUUUCGAAGGGACUUCCAUCCCUAGCUUCAUUGGCUCCAUUGCAAAUUUGAGAUACCUCAACCUGUCCCUUGCCAGAUUCCACGGAGCCAUUCCUCCUCAACUGGGGAAUCUCACUAAGAUCCAUUAUAUGGGUCUCAUGAGUGGCUUUGAAGAUAACAAUGAACCGGUGCUACACAGUGAUGGAAAUUUGCAUUGGCUUUCGGGCCUUGCUUCUCUACAACACCUCGAUAUGAGUUGUAUAGACCUCAGCAAGGCGUUGGAUUGGCUACAGGUGACGAGCAACCUCCCUUCACUGGUAGAAUUACACCUGUUUUAUUGUCGACUCGAGUAUGCCUUCUCUCCUUCUUCAACUAACAAAAUUAACUUUACAUCACUUGACAUCCUCGACCUUUCCUAUAACAAUCUUGGAUCGUCUGUACCAGGUUGGAUAUUUAGUCUUAAUCACCUAGUCUCCCUUAAUUUGAUGGAAUGUGGCUUUUAUGGUCCAAUUCCUAGUGGUCUUCAAAACAUGACUUUUCUCAAAGUUCUUGAUUGGUCUGGGAAUCCUUCAAAUUCUGCCAUACCGAGUUGGUUGUAUAGUUUACGUCAUCUUGAGUCACUCAUUCUCCAAGGGAAUCUUUUGCAUGGUGCGAUGUCAAUUGCCAUUGGAAACUUGACUUCCCUCAUUAGCCUACGGAUUAAUAGCAAUUCUUUAUCAGGUCCCAUUCCAGUGUCGAUAGGAAGAUUAUCAUCUUUGAUAAUAUUAGAUCUUUCCUAUAAUAAGUUCAAUGGGACUCUUCCUAAAAAUCUUUGGCAACUUGGAAAGUUAGAAGGCUUGUUGAUACGUUAUAAUUUGUUGCAUGGUGUCAUCUCUGAUGUUCACUUUGCCAAUCUCACGAGAUUGCGUUACCUACAAGCUGGUGGAAACAGUUUAACUUUAAAAGCAAGUGAGAAUUGGGUUCCCCCUUUCCAACUUGAAAUUUUGAAUUUGGAGUCUUGGCAAUUAGGUACACAGUUUCCUUUGUGGCUUCCAUCUCAAAGGAAGUUGCAAUAUUUGAGCAUAGCCAACACAAGAAUUUCAGAAUCCAUUCCUACAUGGUUUUGGCCCUCUUUUCCCAAUUUAAAGUACGUAAACCUCUCUCGCAACCAAAUUCGUGGAGAGAUUUCAAGCUUACGUAAUGUUGGUCGUCUUAACGUGAUUGACCUUAGUUCCAACCACUUCAGCGGUACGCUACCCCUCGUCCCCUCUAAUUUGAAUUGGCUAGAUCUUUCGAAUAACUUUUUUUCGAGGUCUAUGUACCAUGUGUUAUGUGGCAAAGGAGAGGAACCAAACAACGAUAUGUUCUUUCUCAAUUUGGGAGAUAACCUUUUGUCAGGAAAAAUUCCUGACUGUUGGAAGCAUCCAUACCUGCAAAUGAUCAAAUUAGAAAACAACAGUCUGGCGGGUAGCAUUCCAAACUCCAUCGGACAGUUAAGUCGCCUUCAAUCGUUGCACUUGCGGCAUAACAACCUCUCAGGAGAACUACCCCGGACUCUACAAAAUUGCUCAAUUUUGCGGGUCAUCGACCUUAGUGAAAAUAGAUUUGCUGGAAGCAUUCCACUGUGGAUUGGCAAUUCAUUUUUGACCUUGAUAGAUUUGAAUCUGCGUUCAAAUAAAUUUUCAGGUGACCUUCCACAUGAACUAUGUCGUUUAAGCUCUCUUCAAAUCUUGGACGUUGCACACAACAAUCUAUCGGGUUCCAUGCCUAGAUGUUUCGCCAAUUUUAGCGCCAUGGCAGAAAUAAAUAACUCACGUAACCCAAUAUUUUACCAUAUUGGUUACGGAAUUGCAGAUAAUUUAUUUCUGGUGACCAAAGGCAGAUAUGUUGAAUAUAGCACCACUCUUGGAUUGGUGACAAACAUGGAUCUUUCGAGAAACAAUUUGUCUGGAGAGAUUCCUGAUGAACUCACUGAACUUAGGGGGUUGUGGUCAUUGAAUUUGUCUGGCAAUCAUUUGACAGGAAGAAUCCCAAGGAAUAUUGGUGAUAUGAGACAACUAGAAUCCCUUGAUUUCUCACUAAAUCAACUUUUUGGGGAAAUUCCUUCGAGCAUUUCGAGUUUGACAUUCUUGAGUCACUUGAACUUGUCCUAUAACAAUUUGACGGGAAAGAUUCCAUCAAGUACUCAACUUCAAAGCAUGAACGAUUCCAGCUUUCUGGGCAACAAGCUUUGUGGGCCUCCACUCACAAGCUGCAACCCAAAGAAGCCAAUCCCUGCUCAAGUUGAUCCACCUGGAAGUGAAGAAAAUGGAGAGGGAUCUUUGGAAGCAUUGUUCUUUGCCAGCAUGGCCCUUGGAUUCGCAGUUGGGUUUUGGAUUGUGUUGGGUCCUUUAUUAUUCAAGAGAUCUUGGAGAAUUGCUUAUUUCCGGGUGCUAGAAGACAUUUGGCACAAGCUUUGGGAUUUCAUUUCUUAA